AUGGAUAAAGUCAGUAAUGUUCGCGUAGGACCACUUCCAAAUGACAGUCCGUAUAUGAAGCCUUUUCGUCUGUAUUUUAAGCAAAAUGGAAAAGAGAAGAAUUGGGAUCUUGUAAAAGCGCACGAUUCAGUUGCUAUUAUCACUCUCAACAAAACUCGAAAUAAAUUGGUUGUUGUUAAACAGUUUCGUCCCGCUGUUUAUUAUGGACAAAUUUGUGAUUAUUUAAAUAGCGUUGGAAGUGAAGUUGACUCGGAAAAAGUCAUAGAAAUGUUCCCACCGAAGAAUGCUAUUACAAUGGAGCUUUGUGCUGGAAUAGUUGACAAAGAUAUAUCUCUGGUUGAAAUAGCUCGCGAAGAAUUAAUUGAAGAGUGUGGCUAUGACGUUCCCGUUAAUAGAAUCGAGGAAGUUAUUCGCUUCCGAUCUGGUGUCGGCACCACAGGAAGCUUACAAGUUAUGUACUAUUGUGAAGUAACCGAUGAUGAUAAAAUCAACGGUGCUGGAGGUGGUGUCGACGAUGAAUUGAUUGAUGUUCAUGAAUUGUCCAUAGAAGAAGCAAAAGAAAUGUUAAAACAAGGCACCGAACACACAAGCCCACCAGGUUUUCUCUUUGGAAUACUUUGGUUUCUUACAAACAAAGCACAAAAUUUGUAG